ACCAUGUUUAUUUUUUUUUAUAAUUGUACGACACGAGUAGACGUCGAAACUUUCUGAAAAACCAAACGAAUCGUAUUUAACCGUCAAACCGUGAUACUAUAUAAGCUUGUUCAGUGUUUAAUGUGAAGUAUUUGUUCCUACGUCGGCAUAGCAUUGUGAUAUGUAUAUACAUACAUAUCUAGAUGCAUAAUACGUGUGUUCGAGAGGCGAACUUUAUAAUUUAAUGAUCUAUUAUCAUUUAUAACAUAAUAAAAACAAUGAAAGUAUGCCAUGGAUGAACACAACAAUGAUCUCUAUGAGCAAAAGCUUUAUGCUGUGUUUCAAAGUUGCUUAACAAAAGGAGAAACUGAAUUACAAGAGGAUAACUGGUUGAAUUUAUGCCAUAAAUUACAUCUUACAGAACAGAGUGAAGAAUUAAAAUCUUAUAUUUGGCAAUAUAAGCAAGAAAAGCAAUCUAUAUCAUUUCAAGAAUUUAGGACAGCUUUAUUAACUUUAUUAACCAAAACACAGGAAUUAGCUACUCGUGCAGAUAAAGAUGUCUUAUCACAGUCAAAAAGCGACAUAAAUUCGUGCAUCACAGAUAAUAAAAUAUGUAGUUCGCUAAUAUCUAGUAAUUCCAAUACUCGUGUAGACAUUCUUAACAUAAAAACAGGUGAGACAUUAGAUGAAAGCAGAUUAAAAUGUCUGUGGGAAAAAAUAAAUAAUUACUUAAAAGAUGUAGAUUCUGGAACAAUGUAUUUUAUAACUAAUUGUUUAGGAAUCCCAACUCUUCCAAAACAAAUCACACAAUGCAUCUUUGAAAAGCUUGACCAAAAUUGUGAUGGAUUAAUUAGUUUGGAUGAAUUUCUUAUAGUAUUUCAGAACAAGAAAACUGUGGAAGAACAAUUAACAUUAGAUAAGAAUGAUGAAUCUGUGAAAGAAUUAACUAAAGUGGAUUUUAGGAAACGUAACUUUGAUAUGCACCCACCUCGUAAAACUAGUUUUGCACGGAGUAAUACCUUUUUGGAUACAUGGAAGCUUUCUGGUAUAAGUACAUCUUUGCUAACGGAUGGCAGUCUCAAAACGUCUGAAAUUUGUCUAACUGAUUUAACAACUACUCUAUGCGAAGAAUUGAAGAAUUUUAAUGACUCGCUAGAUCAUUCUACGAUUUGGUCGCAUAUUAUGUUGUUACGAGAUGUUUUGAUACUAUACCAAGAAGAACUGCAUAGUUUAAACAUUAUGCUUGAGAAUAUAAAUGGCGAGAAAGAAAAGUUACGCAUUGAUAUUGUAGAAGCCAACGAGCGAGCAAAUACUCUUGCUCAAGAAAUUGAUGAACAACAUAAUCGUCAAGAAGAGGUUUUGCUAAACUUGCGAAAACAACUUGAACAACGUUACUCAGAAACUUUACUAGAUCUUUCAAAUCAACUUAGUUCGGAACGAGAAACGAAUGCUAGUGCCUUAAAAUCGAAGGAUGAUCAAAUACAAACAUUACAGAAAGAGAAUCAUGAAAUUAGACAUAAGUUUGUAAAUACGUUACAAGAAAAUCAAAUGUUAGAAACUGAAAAUGAGAAUCUUCGUAGUCAAAUUGAAAAACUCAAACAAUCAAAUAGUGAGUUACUAAUCCAAGUGAAAAUGUUGGGAGUAGAACACGAUGAGUCACAAAAUACAGAAGUAAAGCAUCAACAAGAAGUUAUAUAUUUAGUUGAUCGUAUCAAACAAAUACAAUCAGAAUCUGUUCUUUUACGAGACCAGAAUGAUGAACUUACUGCAGAAUUAGAAACUUUGAAACAACGUUAUAGUCAUAUUAAAGAUAUACGACAAAAUCAUGUAUCAAGUGAUCAUACAGCAAGGAAUAUCCAGUCAGAUGAGGCUGAAGAUAAAGGAGCAUUUAUAGCGGAUGAAGAAGAUGAUUUAGAUGUACUUUUGAAACAUUCCGUGUCUAUGCCUUGUAAUUCCAACGAAGAAGAAAGUGCGAAGAAUUGCAGGAAAAUAGAUUCAAAAUACGAUAAAAAUUUGGUUAUAAAACAAUUAAAAAAUAUUUUAGCAAAUAGUAAUACGUGCACUUUAGAAGACCGUGUACUUAGAGAUGCAAUCUCAGGAAUAAUCGUAAGGUUACAAUUAAAUUCGAAUGCACAAAUUUUCAAAGACGCAGAUUCUAUUAAAAAUAUUGCAUCUGAAAUGGAAACAGAGUGUGAAGAACGAACAAGUGAAUCGUUAAGAGACUUUGUAGUGUCCAAAUAUAAAAAUUCUCUUUUUAUUAAACGAGGUACUGUAUGCAAUAAUAAUGAAAAUAAUUGUGAUGUUGAUGAUAACUUUAAUAAUCAAGAUACGAAAAGUCCAUUACAAAACAAAGUUCCAAGUCUUAGAGAUUAUCCACCUCGAAAAGAAGAACAUAUAAUUUUAGAUCAGUCAAAAUCAAAUAAGGAAAAAGAUACUCCACUUAAUCAUGCAAAGAUAACUAAUGAAGUAAGCUUAAUAAAAAAUGAGUCAGUUGAAGAUGUAAAUUUAUUGAAUUUAAAAAUACAAGACCUUCAAACAGCACAUGCAGCUGAGAAAAAACAAUUAAUUGAACAAUGUGUAGAACUAGAAAGAAGUCUUGAGUUAUUGAAAGUAGAAUAUGAAGAAUGUGAAGACUAUUGGGCAGCUAAAUUAGAAGAAGAAAGGCAACUUUUUGAACAAGAACAAAAAAUUAGCGACGAAAAGUUUUCAGAACUUAUAGCUAAAAUGGAGGAAUACGAAGAAUUAAUUAGCCCCGUAGAUAAAGUAAAAAGCAGUGGACGUUUGUCUCCAAUAGAAGAAAAGCUUAAUUUGGAACAACAGUAUUUAGAUCUUGAAGAAGAAUUCGAAAAAUGGAAGACACAAAUGGAAGAAGAAAUUUCUCAGAAAAAUAAGGAAAUACAAAAUUUACAUGAAACAAUAAAAUCCUUGAAGCGACCAACAAUGACUGAUAUAUCAAUUCAAGUUACAGAUGAAUCUAUAUUUUCGCCUUUAUCAAUGCGAUCAAAUUAUGUUCCUAAUAACUCAUUUAAUAUUGAACCAUCCAGCGAAACUGCUUCCAUGUUUACCCAAUGUAAUGAUAAUAUUCGCAAACUGCCUGAGGAAUUUAAAUUCAAUCGAAUUUUAGAAUCUUCAGCCUUAUGUAGUGAUGCAAUUCCGCGUGUAACAAAGGAAAACGUGGGCAUUAGUAAUCUACACCAAAUGCAUACACAAUAUUCUCUCAAAGAUGUAAAUAGUACAUAUAAAAUUGAAAAGCCAGAAUCCCAUUGGAAAGCAACAGAAGUUGGACAUUCAAAAAAAAGUGAAAGUAUACAUGACAUAGAGUACGACUUAGUACAAGAUAGAUUAAAAUUACAAAAUUUAAAAACUGCAAAUUGUCAGUGUGUACAAAAUAGUGCGCAGCAACAAGUAUGUUGUGUAAAUGUAAAUAUACUACACAAUCUAAGUUUAAAACUUGAGGCGCAGGAGCGUAAAAAACAUCAAUUGCAAGAAUGUUUUAAGCAACAACAAUACCAAGUUGAAUGCGUGCUACAACAUAUUAUGUCUCAACAUCAAUUAGAAGUUUCAGAAUUACAGUAUCUCCUUCGUAACACACAGGAAAGACUUCAAAUAGAAUUUCAAACAAUCGCAGAACAGGCUGAACAAUUGGCACGUACUGACAUGUUAGUAAAAGAUUUGUACAUAGAAAAUGCAUGUUUAUCAACCGAUCUGAAACGUUUACAACAGCAUUAUUACAUGUUAACUGGACUGAAUGCUGAAUCUACUUCAAUAUGAUAUUGCAAACAAUUAUUAGUCAUACAUAGAAAACAAAGCCCUAUUAAUAAAAUAUUAGUAACAACGUUAAUAAUGUUUUAACGUUAAAGUGGCAUUCAGGAAUCAUUGUGGUCCUAUCUAAAUUAUCAGUUGCAAUGCGUACUAUUUUUUCGUUUAGAAUGUCUUUAAAGGAAUCAUUAAUAAUAUACAAGAUUUAUAAUUUUAGUCCUUUCAGUACUGAUUACUAAUGUUGAAUUGACAUUACAUCAUAGAAUAGUUUUAAAACUUUAAAAUAGUUAAUAUAUAUGAAGUAUAUAGGUAUACAUUAUUUUUGCUUCAUGUUUUAUGUUUGCGCACAUGCAUAUAUGAUAACAUUGAAAGAAUUAAACAAAUAUUUUGUUGGAUUUCGUGAUGUUUAUAUGAAUGUAGAAAACCAUUUAAUUAUAUUACUAUAAAAUAUGGUAUAAAUUGUUGUAGUAUUAUGUGAAAUACCACAAGCAAAAAAUGUUGCAUUCUCUUGAUCUUUAUUAAUUGAAUUUAAAAGAUCAAAGAUUACUGUUUAUGCUCAAGACUGGCAUUAUUUAUCUACAAAUCCAAAUUUUUAAAAUUUAAAUUGAAUUUAAAAAUCUGGUGCGUUUAUUAAUGAAUUGCUUUAUAAUAUUAAUGGUCAUUGAUAAAAGUUUAUAACCUGUUGCAUUAUUCGUAAGUUGUAAUUACAAUGUUUACUUUAUACUUCAUUAUCCGAUGAAUCUACAUCCUUAGAUACAUAAUUUAAGAAAACAAUAGAAGGAAUAAAGAAAACACAGUUUAAUUACUAAAUCAAGCGGAAAAAUAUGUGAACUCAUAAUUUGUUAGCAUCUAUUUCUUAAGUUAUCAUGUAUGAUGCAGAUACUUUAUACCUAUUUGUUUAGAUUUUUUUAGUGUAAAUGCCAAAGAUAGAAGUAUUGCGUACAAUAUGACGCUGAUAAUUAUGCUUGUUAUGAGUGAUGAAUAAGUGAUUGUUUCAUCGGUAUAUAAUUUAUUUCAAUUGUUACUGUGAAAUCGAAACAAAUUAUUUCGUUGCAUAGUGGUGUGUAUCAUUCACAUUGAGAAUGAAACAUUUACAUGGAAUAAAUGUAAUUUUACACGCAUCGUAGAUGUAAGUAUCUGUUAGCAUUCACACCAAUGAUUAGAGAUCAGAAGGUUAAGAAGAAAUGUGGAUUGUAAUCCUGAUUUUUCAACCAUAAUGGAACGUGUUUAUUUAUUUAAAUAUAACGUAAUAUGAAAAAAAACAGCAAUGAUUAAAAAGAGAUAACAAUAUAAAAAUUAUACACUUUGUAAAUUUGAUCAUUUACAUUCGCAAAUCAUUUACUUAAACUCAUUUAUUUGUUUAUAGUUGUAACAUUUUGGAAAUAUCCAAUAUCAUAUUGGUAAUCAAGAUUAAGAGUGUUACUUUAGAGUAUUUAGUUUUUAAAUUACACCACGUUUUACAAUACGAUAGUUAAUACAUCAAAUUAUGCAUGCAAAUCAUUGGAUAUCAAAUGUUCAACAAAGUAUAUAUACGUAGGAUUAUAUAAUACACAGUAAUAUUUAACUUUAACUAUGUUGAAUAUGUAGUAUGUGUAUAUACUAUGCAUACAUAAUUUAUUUACUGUGUAUAGUAGUUAGUCGAAAUAAGACUAAUUUGAUUUCAAUCAUAUCGCUGCCAUAUAGAACAUUUUGUACAUGAUAUUUAUAUAAGUAUUUGCAUAUUUCCAUGUUGCAUCGAACUAAGUUCUUUCACGUUUGCCUUAACGCUUAUUAAGAUUCCAACAAAAUCUUUGCGACUCUCUUAUUUUAUAUAUAUAUCGAAUAUUCUUCUAUACAUUAUCACUUAUAAAUCAUCUUGUCUUCGAACAUUCUAUAGUUUUCAUAAUGAAAUUGUUAAACGGCAAUAAUAAAAUAAAUUAUCGUAAUAUUCUAAGUAAAUCAGAGAAUGAAGAUGAUACAUAUUAAGAGUUUAAGUUAUUUAAGGGUUGUAACUGAUUAUGUUUAUUAAACAAGUGCAUUUUCUAUUGUAAUUACACUGUACAUAAUAAUGUACAAAAUGUACUGAUAAGUAAAGAAUAUAAAAAGAAACUUAAAUUAAAAAAUUUAUUUCAUUUCCAAAUUAUUGUUAUUGUUCAUUACAAUUCUUAUUUUCUGUUAAUAAUUAUAUUACGUUUUCGAUAUGAAUAUGUAUCAAUUAAUUCAAAAUUCGUUUAAUUUGAUCACGAUUUUGAUCAACAAUUUUAGUAAAACAUUCUCAUGAUUCUCAUAAUUAUUCCAGACACAUUAAAAAAAAAAAAAAAAAACUCUAUCAUCCAUCAUUUACAGUUAUUUACACAUGUACUUUUUAUACAUAUUGCAAUAACUAAAACCUAAAACUUCUCAUUUAAUUUUUCUUUUGUGGGUAAAUUUUAUCCUUCCUUAUUUUAUUCCUUUGUUUCUUUUUAACGUUGAAUGACAAGAAAAAACAAAAGAGAUUAAUUAAAAAGAACUCGAUUGCUAGUUCAAUAAUUAUAAUUUGUCCAACAAAAAUUCAACAUUAAUUUCAAACUGUAAAAUAAAUUAAUUAAAAAUUUGAAAACUGAAUAUAUUUAAAUAUCAUAACCGAAUACAUUAAAAAAAAAAACAACAUACAUAUAUCUUAAUUUUUACAAAAUCGAUAAUGCGUUUUGGUUGACAUGAAAUAACGUUACUUUAUAAAGUAUGUUUUGAACCGAAUUAAGAGGACAAUUUUCGUACAAUACGUUUUCUUAAGUAAUUAUAAUUUGCACGAGAUAAAAAAAAUAAUUAAGCAUUCAUUCAUUUGGAAUAAGAAAAUAACUCGAUAUCUAUUUCUACUGCAACUUCGAAAUUUAUUAUGAAUUCAAAACGUCAGGUGACUAUAAUAAAAAUGUAAUUUAUUAGAACUGAUAUCUUGUAAAAUUAGGAUUUUCUGUCAAGAUGAUUAUUUUUUUAUACUCCUUCGUGGAAGUGAUGACAAUCAUCCACCAACUAUUAUUAAUCAGUGAACACCAUUUUCUCAAUUAUAAAAUUGUAAAGAUUUUGUAAUAUAAAAUUAAAUUCAUUACGUACCUUAUCGAUGUCAUUUUAUAUUCUGCAACAGGAUAAAAGAACUGCGGUGUAUGUGAACACGAAAGAUAUCAUUUAUUUAUAAUUUAUGAGGACAAACAAGUAAAUUUACAUAGGAAGGACACUUUCAGUAAAACACAUUUGCUAAACCGUUGUCAUGCCUAACAUAGAAAAAUGAAACUAAUCGAAAUCUAAUAACCAGCCUUGCUGAUAUUUAGUCUUUCACUGAACGAUGCGAAAACGUUUAGGAUCCGAUAAAACCAAUUUCAUUGGAAUUAUGAAACGUUCCGAAGCAAAAACACAAUAAUUAUACACAUUUCUUUAUAAACGAAAGUAACACUAAUAUUUUGUUAGCAUCGUAGCGAAAAAUAAAAGAAACGUUAACGUGAUUUUCGAAUGGACAAUUAACAUCUCUAUUGUUUUACCUUAUGCGUGCUCUCUUUUUCUCCCUUAUUUAUUCGACCUCUUCUCUCUUUCACUUUCGAUUCCUUUAUAUGUAAUCUAUAAUAGCGUUAUAGUAAACUAGUAAGGUACAAACAGGAGUUUUAUACACGGCUUCACGAGAGAAUACAUUAAGCUCAAGAUAUCUUAUCUCUACCUUUACGAAAACAUGGUCCUAUGCGUGUUUAACUUCGCGCAAUAAUUUUCGUUCGAAAACAUUGGUAGAACGCGGAAACGUUUUACUAUACAGGAUGUCCCAAAAAUGUUGCAACACCUUGAAAGAGGUGAUUCGGGAGGUGGCUUCGUUGAGGAGAUAUUAACGGAAAGCACUGACCAAUCAGAGCGCGAGUAUGCCGGUGGGGCAUAGGCUACUCGCUAGGUGGCUUCGCUCAUACGCUACCGCGGCCGCUCCAACGGUAUCCGCGCGCUCUGAUUGGUCAGUGUUUUCCGUUAGUAUCUCCUCAACGAAGCCUCGGACAACAAUUUCGCUAAGGAAAAAGUUGUUUCAAAUCACCUCCCGAACCACCCCUUUCAAGGUUUUGCAACAUUUUUGGGACACCCUGUAUUUUAUCGAAAGAUGGCGCGACGAUCAACCGUAAUUGGCGCGAAUGGGCAAUACAAUUUCAAACGCAACGCAAACUUCUCCAAGUUUGUUUGGAGACAACGCGAAAGGUGUUCCCAAAAAUGAAAUGAACCGGGAACAAGAUUUCUCGUAUAGAAAUUGUAUAGAAAUAAUUGAAAAAAUCCCGUUUUACUCAUCCCGAACACAAUCGUAUGCACACGCGAUGUAGCGUAUGUCGUUGUCCAUUCGAUUCGUUUCGCGAGAAUGGUCGACGUUUAUAUUGCCUUGGGACUCUAACUUAAAUUAAUAUCGGUACAUAAUUCGUCACAUCGAAAUUAAUAUUUUAUUUAUUGAGCAAGGUUCUAAACAUUCGUUCUUUCUUCUCAACUAGCGAAACUAAGGCUAUGACAUUUAUAUAAAUAAACAAUUAUUCGUGCACGCUGCUUCAAAGAUACGCUCGGAAAGUGUAACACUGCCGGGACAAUUGCGGUCAGUUGAAGUAACGAGAAAUAAAUGAUUCGAUAAUCAGAUUUUUAAAGCUGAUCAAAAUAGAAAGGAAAGAAACGACUGUGGAAAUAAAUACUGAUCGAUCGUUCGUACGAUCUGCUCGAAUCUAUAUCGACGUUUACGAAACCAUAACGAUUUCUAUGUAUUCUAACAGGGAGAUCACCGAAGCCCAUCGACAGUUAGGAGUAUCAGAAAAAGGAUCUUCGUAAAUUCUUACCAAACACGACUACGAUUGACAUUAACAUUAAUUAAAGCCAGAAUAUAGUAUCAUCGAACCGUUAUCGCGCUAACAACGUACCAAAGAAAAGCUUCGAAAUAUCAAAAUUGUGUCAAAUGGUUAUAUCGCGAUGUUGUAGAGACGUUUCAAAAGUUCCGUUCAAAAAGGAUUCGUCAACGUAGAGAGUCAAAGAGGAAAGGAAGAAAAAUGCGAGAAACCAAGAAAAACUCGGAAACGACUGACAUUCAGCGAUACAUGUAUGCGUAUCUCUAGUAGAUACGAAAACGUACGUAACGUUCUUGCGUCGCACUUUUAGUUAACGAACUCGAAGCGUUACUCUUCGAAGCAGAUGCACCACAGUACACAGUUUUAGCGAUUGGGACCUCUAUCUGUUAGGUCAUCCCACAAGUUCGCGCCUCUGAUUAUGUUCACAUUUAAUAAAAAAGAAAAGAAAAGGAAGUCCAGAACUUUUUAUAGCAACGGUAUUCCGACAAAAGGAAUCCUCUGACAAAAAGAAAGGGUGGCAAUUACAUACUUUCGUUAUCUUUAAAGGUGUGUUGCAUGUAUCCAUUUGAAUAACGUAAACAUUGGAGAACGACAAGUGGCACGAACUUGUACGAUUACCUAAUAAUCGUAGUUACACCUUACAGCCUUAUUAGCCUAAUAUCGUAAUUCGCCCGUGACCACGGGUACGGUAGGUACACCAUUAUUGACAAUCAUUAAGACGGAUCCUACUAUAUUAAGUAUAAUUAGGUACAAUUUGUGCAAGGUAAUCGUUGUGUGACAGAAUAUAGGACAAGUGGCUACGCACUCAAACGACUGAAGCGUCUUUGUGAAAUGAUGCCAUAUUUUCUCCCAUAUGUGUUUCUUUCUUUCUUUUUUCCCCCGUGUUUUUCUGUUGUUUCAAUUAUUAUCGAUUGAUCGUUCAUUUCUCUCGAAAGACAAACGAAACAAGAAGAUCCGACUCGUCUGGUGUAUAAAGUAUAUAAAGGUUUCUACCACAGCCCAUUUAACGAUAUAUCAUUCAUAUAUAAUAUAUGAAUAUAUACAUAUAUACUUCCAUGUACAUAUACAUAUAUAUAUAUAUAUUAUUGUUAUAUUAUCAUAUAUAGGUAUUAUAUCGUUAAUACGAUUCAUAGUGUACAUUGAAACAUAACGUAUAUAUAUAUAUAUACAUAUAGUAAACUCCAGUAUAAUGAAAAUCCCUGCAACGCAUUAAAGAUAUUGCGACGAGAUUUUUUUUUUUAUAAAUUGCGAUUUUCAUACAACGCGCUAUAUAUCGUUUAUUCGUGUUACGCGAAGAAAAUUCUCGCGUAACACGAUUUUUAUUCAACGCGAGCGUAUCAACCACGUUAUAUAGGAGCCUACUGUAUAAAACACUAAGAACGACAGUUAAUCUUCUUUCCUUCUAUUCUCGCAUUCAAACCUACGUGCAUGCCUUUAAUUCGUUUUCUCUCAUUUUUCUCGUAAUUGUUCGCGUUCAGUUUUUUUUUUUUUUUAUUUUUUCAUGUAACGGCCAUUCAAGUUCCAAAUGUCAAAGACUCGACUACGCUCGAAAAACAAAGUUCUAAGAAAAGAGCUUAUUUUUCGGCUGGGAUUGUCUGUGUAAGCUUCGCUCGAGAAUAGAAUGCGUUUCGUUCGAGUGUCCAGUGUCAUAACAUCGCGUACAAACGAAUAUAAUACGCG